AUGUCUUCCAAGUCUUCCACUCCAAAGUUUUGGAAAAAGUUGGGUCUGGGGAAAAAGUCAUCCGCAGUAUCCGAGCAACAUACACAACAACCACCUAGCAAUGACGCUGACGACGACAAGUCGGUCAAGAGCAAACGACUAAGUGGAUUCUUCCCGCAUAAACGUCAAAGCAUGGGCUCUUUACGAGCGCGUCCUGCACCUACGAAUCAACCAUCCAUGCCAUGUCUAAGCGCCGCUGUUAAGAAUGAUCCACCUCCAUCAUUGGAUAUUGCCACACCAGAAAAGCCUGUAACACCACCUCCCAGUCAGGCAGAACAACCAGAAGAAGAGGACAAGCAACAACAACAAACGCAUGAUGUAGCACCUGUGCCACCCAAACCAACAAAUACCGACAAAUCAUCAUCCUCAGUGGCACCAACAAAGACAACUUCAACGACCCCUUCUCGUUUAGCUCGACCUCGAUAUCAUUCCAAUGCAUCUAAAGCAGCCGCUGUAGCCGCCAUCGCUGCUACUGGAUCAAACAACAAUAACAAUAAUAUCAAAAGUACACCUUCGUCCACCACAUCCACUAGCACCAGUAGCAGUAGUAGUGCAUCCAACAAACAACAACAAUCACCUUCUACACCUCGUCCAACACCUACCACCUCUUCUACUAGACUACGCAAACCAUCUCAAAUCCCAGGUGGUGUUGCUGCUGGUGGCAACAAGAUUCGAUCUCAAUCAUCCAACAAAAGUCUCAACAAGAAACAAAGUGCUAGUAGUCUUGCCAAUUCUACCAAGAAUGCGACAACAACAACAACUACAGCGGAUGAACAAUCUCAACCUACCAUUCAAUCUCUUUUAAAAGACUUGGAAAAAGAACGAUCCAUCGUCAAGGUCCUUCAAGGUCAAAAAGAAGCGGUGGCUAAGGAUUUGGAUUACUUUAGUCAAAUGCUAGAUGAUCUCAUGGAAGAAAAAGAAUCAUUGCAGCAAAAAUAUGAGGAAGAAAAGGAAAAGAACAAGACUCGUGAAGAAGAUUUGAAUGUUUUGAUGGAUAAACUCAAAAUGAGCAACAAUACUGCCAGAGACAAAUCCUAUCAAGUGGAUCAAUGGAAAUCUGAUAUCGAGCAAUUGCAAAAAGAUGCUCAAGAGGAGCGUGAUACACUCAAAGAGACUUUGAAGCAAAAGGAUAAUGCUCUAAGGAACCAAGACCAUGAGCUCAAGGAAAAGGAGCAUAUCAUCCAGGAGAAAGACCGCCAACUUGCUGAAAAGGAUCAUGAAAUCGAUAGGCUCAAGACGGAGCUUGCACAAUCACAUGAUCAAAUCGCAUUGUUGCGGUCUACCAUGGAUCAAUUAAUGAAAGCACAAGCAUUCAAUCAUCAACAGCAAAGCCAAGAUGACACUACCACACAUCAACAACAACGAGGUUCUUUACCACCCAGUCCUUCCACUCGUUCAUCGACUUCAUCCAUUCCUAUCAAGCAACAACAGCAACAGCAAUACAAUACCCCACAAUCUUCAGUGACGAGCGGUGAAUCUGAUGUAUCAUCCCAUCGUAAACAACCCACCCGUUAUUAUGAGGAGGUGAAUGAAUUGGAUCGUGAGUUGAUGAAACUCACCAAAGAAAAGGAAAAGCUUCAAUCCGAUUAUAGCAAGAUCCCAUUAUCCGGUGGAGGACCCAUGUCACGCAGACGUAAAGAAGAGCUUGAAGAAAUGUUGGAUGAAGUCGAUUCUCAAUUAAGCCGUGUCAAGCAAAAGAUUCGUCGUUCUUGA